GGUGGGUGGAGGGCCAGCCGACGGGUCCCCUUCCGGGCGUUGGAGGCUCAGCUGCUUUGGCUCGGGGUUAGGACGGCUCGGCGGCGAGGUGCAAGCAGCCUCGGACCCCGCUGGCUGGGUGGAGAAGUGCGGGGCUGCCCUCGAGGUUCUGUCUCUUGAGUGGUGGGCAUUCAGCCAUGAUUUGUGCUUUAUUCUUGAUUUAUCCUGCUUAUAGGGCUGCCCAGAUCUCAUAGGUGACUCUGGGCAGUGAAAAAAUUUAAAAUAAAGUACAGUUACUAAAAUAAUUUUAAAAACGAUGCACAUAGCAGCUGAAGUCAUAAAAGGCCUUGGAGGUAGCCAUGGCUGGGCUUCUGCACACACUUUGGCCCCAGCUUGGCCCAGAACCAGACCUCCAAGGCCUUUCAGAGGCCAGCAAGGUGAGCUCCAACCAAAUCCCUGGAGGGAGAGGCUCCGGCAAGCAGGUGCCGCAGCAGAAAAGGCUCCUCUUCCCUCUUGGCUGGUGGAACCCGCAACAGGCCUCUCCUGCCUGGUCAGAUGGGAGAAACCACCGGAGAGGAAAGAAGGUGGCCCCAAGCCAUGUAGGAACUUCCAAAGGGACAGAGAAGGACCUUGAAUCGCCUCACAGACUCACAGUGGUAGCCAAUGCAGCUUGCAGUUAGUGGUGUCACAUGUGCCAAAUAUUGCGGGCAGCAAAACAACAAAGAUGGCAACGGUGCUGCUAAUGAGGGUAACUGGCUAGGCUCCAUUUUACAGCCAGAGCCUCACUGGAUUCUGGAUCCCUCAGGUCUCGGCACUGAGUUUCUUUGAUAGCCGGAGCAACACGGAACAAACUUGCCUCUGCUCUUGCUGGGAUGCUUCCUGCCCAGCCCCACCUGUGGGUAUCCUGGCGGUCUGAUCCUGCUUUCAAGGUCAGGUAGAACUGGCUUGGUGAUCAACUCCUAGCAAGAGUAGCCACCAACCGGGGAAUCCUGCUGCCACAGGAGAAGGAGAUUUCCCCAAUGCGAGGUGCUAUCUUGAUGGACCAUGCUCUCCCAUCUGGAGGGAUCAAAGAUUGAACCAGAUCUAAGUGCUGCACAGGCACAAAACACAAUGAAAUCUCACAUCUGCCAGCCACAAGUCAAGGGAGUCUUUCCCUUGCUUCACAGUCUCCCCAUGCCUCCCCCUCCCUUUGCGUACUCCUACUCAAGAGCAACAGCUGGUCCCACUGACUCAGUGCAGGAUGUGCAAAGUAUUUCCAACUUUACAAGAGCUGAGCAUCAACAGGGGCUUCUUGUUCUGAAUCAUGGAUCUUCUGUGAUUUCUCAUCCAUUUAGCCACAUUUUCUGGCUUUUUAAAAACCUGGUUUCCAUGAGCGAGCGGUUGGGCUCUUCAGGAGAGGGAAAGGUGCUUGCCUCCUGCCUCUCUUUUGGGGUGAUGAAAGGGGGCCCAUCUCUUCCUGGCCCCUCCGAUCCUCCCAGGAAAGGCCCAGGGCAUUCUUGAUGGGAUCAAAGGCUUGGAGAUCAGAGGCUUUUUCAAUCCUCGUCCCCAAAUGGGGGGUUGAUUAUGGGGACUUCCAGAAUUCCCAGCCAGGUAAAUAGAGCUCCAGCUUUCCUGUCCCAAGUGUGGGGCUGCUCCUUCCAUCACAUGUUUUCCUGGAGAAUAAGAGGCAUGUGGAAGGUUUUGCAUGUGAGCCCAGGACACUGUCUUAUCUUGAGAGGAGAAGAUAAAGAGUAAGAAGGGGUGAAGUGUGGUAAAAGUUCUAUUUCAAAUGAAUAUCCACAGCGUGCUGGUACUCUUUUGACUCAGAGAAAAGCUGCUCCAAUCACCUCUCCCUGCCUUCAUUUGUUUUCUGGAACAUACAGAGCACUUUUUUCUACCUGUGAGGCACCUGUUGGCCUCUUGAUGAGCUGCUUCAGUUGCUCCAAGUGCAAUGGAUUCAUUUCCGGUGGAAUGAAUCACCCUGGGCUGAUUCAGGUGCUUCUGGCCAGUCAGUGGAGCUGAGUGCGCCUGCCGCAUGCAAGCUGGAGGGCUGAACUGGCCCCCCAAGCUCCGGCUGCCUUUUUGGGCAUGUGCCCAUCCAGGCUUUUGCAAAGGGGGGAAAGCAGAAGGAGGGGAAGCGUCCUGGCAGACCCAGAAUGGCAGGAGGCCCCUUUCUAUGGUCAUUUGAAAUAUAAAAAGGGCUAAAUGCUUUUUAUGAACCUUAAAGUGUGGCUUAGGUUCUUAAUUGGUCCCUUUCGCCUCCUGAAUGGAAACCCUUAGAAAGAUCCCGAAGGCUGAAGGAGAGCAAAAAGGGCUUAUUUCUGUAAACCAAGAUGUUUGUUUAAGAUAUUUCUGCAUUUCCCUUCAUAGGAAGAUGCUGGGGCAGUGUUCAAAGAAGUACUAAUGAAUGUGUUUACACAAGUUAAUUCACUCACUGUAAUAAAAACAUAAUGGAAUUAGUCACAUUGAAAAUGACAAAAGCAUAAAAAUAGAAUUUCUUCUAAAGUGCCUGGCUGCUCUGGCUUGGAGGGAAGCUGUCUCAGGAUUUGGCAGCAGCUGACCCUCUUGAGCAGGAGGAGGGAGGCCUCGGUUGUCGGGGAUCCUCGGGCAAAAGAGUAUUUGGGGGAACCUCUCCAGAAAACCUUGAUGCAAACAGGUUGAGGCGGUGGUGCUGAAUUUGCAUGGUCCUGUGAAGGACCCUAGACUUCAGAGGCCAAGAGGUGGAGGUGAGAGAAGGAGAUCCUCAGCCCUCCAGGUCAUGGUUGUCCCAAAGGUGCUUUUUCAAAAGGCAACUGUACUUUCUGUUUACUUGAAGAUGUUUCGCUUCCCAUCCAAGAAGCUUCUUCAGUUCAAGCUUCUUUGAAGGCCACCGUAGAUCAACGGUGAUCUUUCCCACCUGUGGUUCUUUUGCAAGCAUUUGGAUGCAGACAGAAUGCUCCCUGGGGAAAACAAACCUCCUUGAUACCAUCCCCCCCAGCUUGGGGAGGGGUACAUUGGUGCUGCUGACAUUCAAGAAGAAUGCGUCAGGAGCAUUUGCUGAGUUCAAAGCACAGAAGAGUUUAUUACCACUAGAGCGGCAAAGAAGGGACGGUACUUGCUCUACGGAAGGGCCGAGGGUGGCUGUUCCUCCUGGUCCCUGGCCAGCUGCACAAAAGGCCUCUGAUGGUACCAGAGGAUGGUUCUGGAAGAAUGGAGCUUCUGGUCCUGAAUCGCUGGCUGGUAUUUCCUGGGGGGCCGAAUGGCUGAGCUGGUUUGUGUGGGGAUCGCUGUGUUGCUUGCUCAGUGGAGGAGUCGAAGUGCCAAGUGCAAUGGGGGUUCUGCACGUGCUUUCCUCCGAGGGCAGAGUGGGCUUUCAAGUGCCACCCCUUGCACGGCACACACAGUCCUUUUAAGCUUGUCCGCCAGGCGUUGCAUGGACACCCUGCUCCUCAGCUGAGAUGUCGAGGCUGCAUCUUUCCUGCCCUGCUUGGAGAUUGAACCUUGCAGAUGCGCCCAGGAACGGAGCUGUGAUUCUCACUCAUCCCAGCUUGCAGGUUCCAGUCUGGCCCUCCUGUGUGAGGGACAACACCAAUGUGUCCCUUGGCCAGGGCCAACAGGUGUGCCUGCAUUAUCUGUUUCAUGGUGAGUCUGGCCAGAUCGCUCUCCUCGGAUUUAAGCAGAGCCUGUGCACUGUCGGGGGCCUCCAGGGCAGAGUCAUCUGUGACUGUCCUCUUGUCUGUUGACGGUCCUCUUGCUCUCCACUUUGCCUGUCAUGGAAAAUUCCUUGCAACGUCCCUAGGUUGCUGAGCAACCUGCUGUCUCCACUCUGCUCUUCCUUUCCCCACUUCCAGGAAAAGGGAGGGGCCACGGGUGCCAUCAGCAUCAUGCCAAGGGGCGUGGCCAGGACAGCAGCGCAUAAACACCCUGGCUGUGUGCACCCCGGGGCUGGAGAGCAGCCAGCGUUCCUGGCCUGGGGGAAGUCAUGAGGAAGCUGGACAGGGGCUCCUUUCCGUCUCCUCAGGCAGCCCUGCUUUGUCUGCAGAACAAGCCCUGGAAGAAGCUGAAGAGCCUGGUGCAGUGGUCGCCCUGCGUGAUCUCCUUCCGGAAGCACUACCCCUGGGUUCAGCUUGCUGGCCACGCAGGAAACUUCAAGGCCGGGGAUUUGGGCCAUGUUUUGAAGAGACACUGCUCCAAUGAGCAGCAGUGCCUGGAGCGCCUGGGAGGUGAUGCGUUGCAGCCCUAUGUCCCAGCAUAUUAUGGGAUGGUAGAGCACGAUGGGCAGCCCUACAUCCAGAUGGAGGACCUGCUGUCUGGCUUCGAGAAUCCUUCCAUCAUGGACUGCAAAAUGGGCGUCAGGACAUACCUGGAGGAGGAGCUGGAGAAGGCGAGGCAGCAGCCCUGCCUGCGCCAUGACAUGUAUGAUAAGAUGAUGGAAGUGGACCCUUCUGCUCCCACGCUGGAGGAGCAUGCCCAGCGUGGUGUGCUGAAGCCCCGCUACAUGCAAUGGAGAGAAUCACUCAGCUCCACCAGCUCACUCGGGUUCCGCAUCGAGGGCGUCAAGAGGGCCAGUGGCAUCUGCAGCACUAGCUUUAAGAAGACCCGGCAACCUGAGCAAGUCGUGGAGGCCUUUUGGGACUUCCUGGACAAGGACAAACACCUUCUGAGCAGUUACCUGGACCAGCUGCAGGAGGUGAGAGCGGCACUGGAUCAGUCAGAGUUCUUCAAGGCACAUGAGGUGGUAGGCAGCUCCCUCCUUUUUGUGCAUGACAAAACGGGGCUUGCCAGAGUCUGGAUGAUUGACUUUGGCAAGACGGUGCCACUGCCUGACAAACAGACCUUGACCCACCGGCUGCCCUGGGUGGAAGGCAAUCGUGAAGAUGGAUAUUUGUGGGGCUUGGAAAACCUCACGGCAAUCAUGCAGAGCAUGCUGGGAAAACCGGACACAAGCCCGACAUAACCAGACGAGCAACAUGUUGCCAGCUUAGUCCCAGUGACCCUUGACUUAAUUUCAGCCAGAUAUCCUAAGAAACCCCAGGAAUGUCUAGGACUGGACUGCAGCUACCCAGAGAACCUGGCAGCAGCAUUCCGAAUGCCCAGCAGUCAAUCUUUACGGAAGUGCAGAUGGCCAGAGGACCCAGAGUUGGGGUCCUCACGUGUCCCUUAGAAGCUGCAAUCCCAUAUAGAGAGAAUUCCCUGUCACUUUGGGAAGGCAGCAAAGCUACAAUUUUUGAACGAGUGGAAGGAACAGACUUAAAGAAUACAAUGUCAACAUUUCUUCUUAAAAGAGGAGGGUGCGCUUCUCAAACACUCAUCAAUCAAAUCAGCUAGAUGAAAGGACCCCAGAAGGAGCCACUCUUUUCCAUGUGAGCAGCACACACAAGCAUAGAGUUUUAUGGUACAAAGCCCUCCUGGGCAUCUUUACAUGCUUGAAAAAGCUCAGCUGAAGAACUUCCAUGUCACAUGCUGGAUGUAAACAUGUACAGAAACUUCAUGAUGGAAAUGGUUCCUUUUAACCUUCCUUCCAACCCGAAUGCUGGGCCACCAUAAGACAUGUCCUGUCUCUGCACUAGGACUCUUCAAAUGACUUGGAAUACAAGGGGGGAUUUUCCUAGGAAGGUUCUUCUUUAUCGGUUCCCCUUCAUUAACCAGUCAAAAGGACACCUAGAAUGGCAAGCCUGAUUGGAGUGGUAAGGUCGAUUAAAUAAAUAUGUUCAAGUGA